CUCUACCCACCAAAUUCCGCACACAAUCUAAAGUUCACAAGGACUCUAGAUUAACAUUCAUUUUUACGUUUUCAAAAGAAACGAAAAAGAUUUUAAAUCUGUAACAAAGUCUAUUCACCCCCCCUCUAGACUUUGUAUUUCACCACUUUGGGACCACCAAUUGGUAUCGGAGCCAACUUCUCACUAUCUAAGCUUAGAUUAACGAGAAGCGAUCAUAAUGGUGAACAAUAUGGAUCACGGUUUGCCCAAGUUUUCUCUCUUAGGUUAUGAUGAUUGGAAGAUCAUGAUGGAAGCACAUCUCUACGCUCUACAUGACUGCAUGUGGAUGGUGCUUGAGGAUGGCCCCUUGAAAAUCCAAAUGGAGAAUCCUGAGAGGAAUCUAGCAACUCCUGAUGCAAUCCAGUACAUUCCAAAGCUCAAGGAAAAAUGGGAUGAUAGAGAUUGCCUUGGGAAGCUAUGUGAGGGAUCAGAGGACUUGAGAAAGCAAAAGAUAGAAGUUCUACUUGAGAAGUUCAAAGGCUUCAAAAUGCUUCCUGGAGAAUCAUUUGAUAUGUUGGAUGAAAGGUUCCACAAAAUCUUGAAUGAUCUUGCCUCACUUAACCACGUUCUCUCUCCCAAAGAAAAGAAUGUAAGGUUGCUGAGAUUACUCCCAACUGAGUGGUACACCAAAGCCACAGCCAUGGAAGAAGGAAGAAACCUGGAAAACUACACUGUUCAAGGUCUCCUUGAUGAACUCAGAACCUAUGAGCACGAGCUGAAAAAGAAGAAGGAAGAACAAGUCACUCCCUUCCCCACGGCAUUGAUGACAACUUCAAGAAUUCCAUCAAGUGAAGGGACAUGCACA